UUGUUUCAAGGUAUGUAAUUGUAUGUAUUGCUUGAAAUAUGAAUCCCCGGCAAGCUGAUACUCUCUUGUGCAGUAUUGAACAUUGAGUGAUCCUAAAAACCCAGAUAGAUUAUCCUAUAAAGCUUACAGCUUUUGGAGGAAGAAGACCUCUGAGAAGAGAAGAAACCGCCAUGAAGUUCCAGAUUGAAGAUGUGACGGUGUACUUCCCCUACGACCACAUAUACCCAGAGCAGUACGCUUAUAUGCUUGAACUCAAGCGAUCUCUAGACGCGAAGGGCCACUGCCUCCUUGAGAUGCCCACCGGCACUGGUAAGACCAUUGCUCUCCUCUCCCUCAUCACAAGCUACACUCUCUCUAAGCCCCAAACUCCACUCAAGCUUAUUUACUGUACCCGAACCGUUCACGAGAUGGAGAAGACCCUUGCCGAGCUCAAGCUCCUCCAUGACUACCAGCUCCGACACCUCGGUCCCCAGGCCAAGAUCCUUGCCCUCGGCCUCUCCUCCCGCAAGAAUCUCUGCGUCAACUCUACCGUCCUCGCCGCUGAGAAUCGUGACUCCGUCGACGCCGCCUGUCGCAAGCUCACUGCGACUUGGGUUCGGGCAUUGGCUGCUGAGAGCCCUGACGUCCCCACUUGCGACUUCUUCGAGCAGUUCGAUAAGGCCGGUCCCGCUGCUGUGUUGCCGCCUGGGGUUUAUACAUUGCAGGAUUUGAGGGCUGUGGGAAAGGAGAAAGGAUGGUGCCCCUACUUCUUGGCACGACAUAUGGUGCAGUUUGCCAAUGUGAUUGUUUAUAGUUAUCAGUAUUUGCUUGAUCCGAAAGUGGCUGGGAUUAUCUCCAAGGAAAUGCAGAAGGAAUCUGUUGUGGUGUUUGAUGAGGCUCACAAUAUUGACAAUGUGUGUAUUGAAGCACUUAGUGUUAGUGUGAGGAGGCAGACGCUUGAAGGGGCAAGAAGGAAUCUUAAUAAGAUGCGUCAGGAGAUUGACAGGUUCAAGGCCACUGAUGCUGGUAGACUGCGUGCUGAAUACAACCGGCUUGUUGAUGGUUUGGCACAAAGAGGAAAUCUUCCCAUAUCAGACACUUGGCUUGCAAACCCUGCCCUACCAGAUGAUAUUUUGAAGGAAGCUGUGCCUGGUAAUAUACGCAGAGCAGAGCAUUUCCUGCAUGUUCUACGUAGAUUGGUUCAGUAUCUAGAAGGGCGUCUAGAGACUGAAAAUGUUGAGAAAGAAGGGCCCAUUGGAUUUGUUUCCUCCAUUAUGACACAUGCUGGAAUUGACCAGAAAACGUUAAAGUUUUGUUAUGAUCGCCUGCACUCACUCAUGUUGACAUUAGAAAUUACAGAUACAGAUGAGUUCUUACACAUCCAAACAAUAUGUGACUUUGCAACACUUGUGGGAACAUAUGCCCGUGGUUUCUCUAUAAUAAUUGAACCUUUUGAUGAGAGAAUGCCUCAUAUUCCUGAUCCAGUUUUGCAGCUUAGCUGUCACGAUGCUUCUCUUGCAAUAAAGCCUGUGUUUGAUCGAUUUCAAUCGGUAGUGAUUACAUCUGGAACCCUUAGCCCAAUUGAUCUCUACCCCCGUCUUCUCAAUUUCAAUCCAGUUGUCAGUCGAAGUUUUACAAUGUCCUUGACUAGAGAUUGCAUAUGCCCAAUGGUUCUCACUCGUGGAAGUGAUCAGCUUCCAGUAAGUACCAAAUUUGAUAUGAGAAGUGACCUGGGUGUAGUAAGAAACUAUGGGAGACUCUUGCUGGAGAUGGUAUCUGUUGUUCCAGAUGGCAUUGUAUGCUUUUUUGUCAGUUAUUCUUAUAUGGAUGGAAUAGUAAAUAGUUGGAACGAGACCGGCAUUCUAAAGGAAAUCAUGCAACAUAAGCUUGUGUUUAUCGAAACCCAAGAUGUGGUAGAAACUACUUUGGCUCUUGACAACUAUCGUAAGGCUUGUGACUGCGGGAGAGGUGCUGUCUUCUUUUCUGUUGCGAGGGGAAAAGUAGCUGAAGGAAUAGAUUUUGAUCGCCAUUAUGGACGACUUGUCAUCAUGUUUGGUGUUCCUUUCCAAUACACACUUAGCAAGAUUUUGCUUGCACGAUUGGAAUAUUUACGGGAUACUUUUCAAAUAAAGGAAGGGGAUUUCCUGACAUUUGAUGCUUUGAGGCAAGCAGCUCAAUGUGUGGGCCGAGUUAUCCGCUCAAAGGCUGAUUAUGGCAUGAUGAUUUUUGCAGACAAAAGGUAUAGUCGUCAUGAUAAGCGCUCAAAAUUGCCUGGAUGGAUACUCUCACACUUACGUGAUGCACACCUGAAUUUGAGCACAGACAUGGCUCUUCAUAUAGCUCGAGAGUUUCUUAGAAAAAUGGCUCAGCCAUAUGACAAGGCAGGUAGCAGUGGUAGGAAAACCUUGUUGUCUCAAGAAGACUUGGAGAAGAUGAGUGACCGAAUAGUAGAAGAAAUGUUGUACUAAGGAUUCUUUCGCCACCCCUUCAAUAGCCAGCAUUUUGAUAAAAAAUUGAUCAAUCGGGUCAUUUUAUACUCUCUCUACUGCGAGAAUUCAGCUGACCGAGUUUCUGAUAUUUUUACAUCCAGAGAUGUGAGGUUCAAGCAAAAAAAUUUUUAGCAGCAGAUCAUGAGAAUGAGAAUGAGAAUAGCAGUGAAACACCUGAGUGUGAUUUUACACCUUUCUAGUUGCACAUUUGAUUAAUAUAUAGAUUUUCAAGCCGAUCAUGCUUUUGGUGUAUAUUUUGUUUUUUUAUUUAAAAUUUAUGUUAGUUUUGUUUUAUGGUUCUCAAGCAUUUUAAACAUUGGAGGGAGUUCAUGUCGAGAUGGCAUAUACUGUCUUAAAUAACUUGCAAGUCCAAUUGUUUUAUGGGAGAAAA